CACUUAGAUAUUAUCGGAAAUUCAAACUCAAUUGAAAUAUUGAAAACAAUCGGACAGAGUGAAUUUACAGCAAAAAAAGCAUCUGAGAGAAGAAGAAAAGACAAAAAGUUGAAAUAUGAGUGCAGCACACGAAGACAGCGGAUUCGAUAUUAUAAAUUGGACAGAUGAAGCGGCCACAGUGAUAAGCGAUGUAAAAGGUCACGUUCGACAGAUUUCCAUAUCAACCACUUUGCCAUCAACUGAACUCGAGAUUUACCUAAAUUGUGAAACAUUAGAAGCGAAAAAGUUCACCAUUCGACUGUCCAGCGAUGGAUUUCGAAUUGUUAGCAACACAUUCGACCAAAUCGACGAUUUAAAUGGAUUCCCAUAUGAAACACCAUAUGCACUAUUGAAUGAACUUAGUCCAGCUUACACCAAUUCCUUUGGCAACGAACUUAGCAGAGCAUUGUCUAAUCUUGAAGGAAGAUGUGAUUAAUCCAUUUUUAAUACCAAAAAUUUGAACCAUUCAAACUCGCGACAAUUUUUUACAUACGCUUUUUCAUACGAUGAAUUUUAGUUUUAUAAUGUGAUUGAUUGUAUUGGAACGUUAUUAAGAUAAAUAAAAUGGUUCAGAUGACUAAAGCCGAAACCCAAAUCAAUGCUGUGUGAAAAAUCAGAAAAAAAGAAUGAAAAGAAUUCCUAAAAGUGAAAUGGCUAAGUCAUCGAUGACAUCUUUUCCAGCAUGUACCAAUUGUUUCACUUGGACCAUUGGGCAAUGUUUACAUUAGAACUGGAGGAUCUCAUCAACAUCGCUUGACUCAGGUUGACUGUUGCAAAGCGAGUAUACCCAAAACAUUAGUUGAAUGGAAAAAAGAUGUGAUUUUGCGUUUCCAUACCAAGAGUCAAAGUUACUUCGAAGAGUUUUGAUUGAAACAAUGAUAAAAUUAAAUUUUUCAUUCAUAAACAUUUGAUAUGCGAGUACUCUUUGUAUCUGUAUAAAUUUUACUACGCAUUUCGAAAUGUUAUGAUCAAUUUUUGCCUCCCCUUUUCAUAUACAUAUCAUUUUAAAUGAAAAUAUCA